AUGGAGCAAUUAUCAGAUGAAGAACUUGACCAUGGUGCAGAAGAAGAUAGUGAUAAGGAAGAUCAGGAUCUGGACAAGAUGUUUGGAGCCUGGCUGGGGGAACUGGACAAACUCACACAGAGUUUGGAUACAGACAAGCCUGUGGCACCAGUGAAGAGAUCACCUCUCCAUCAGGAAACCAAUCUUGCCAACUUCUCAUAUCGCUUCUCCAUGUACAAUUUGAAUGAAGCCCUGAAUCAGGGGGAGACUGUGGAUCUAGAUGCCCUCAUGGCUGAUCUCUGUUCCAUAGAGCAGGAGCUCAGCAGCAUUGGGUCUCAUUCAGCAAACAAUGCUGCAAUGAAACGUCUUGCCACAGAACCCAAAGCUCAGAAACCGCCUACUAGCCGACCUUCUACUAAGCACAGCAGCAUGAAAGGAUUAUCUUCCUCAUCUGGUAAGGUGACUAAACCAUCGCAUCCCAACGUAUCUUUGGAUGACAUCACUGCACAGUUAGAGAAGGCCUCCUUGAGUAUGGAUGAGGCAGCCCAACAGUCUGUUGCAGAAGACACCAAACCAGUAGUUACUGCUCAGCACAGGAGGACAGCAUCUGCUGGCACGGUGAGCGAUGCUGAGGUGCGCUCAAUCAGUAACUCCUCCCGUUCCAGCAUAACUUCUGCAGCUUCCAGCAUGGACUCCUUGGAUAUCGAUAAGGUGACAAGACCUCAGGAACUGGACUUGACGUCCCAAGGGCAACCAAUCACUGAGGAGGAACAGGCUGCUAAACUCAAAGCUGAGAAGAUUAGGGUUGCGUUAGAGAAGAUUAAAGAGGCACAAGUGAAAAAGUUGGUGAUCAGAGUCCACAUGUCUGAUGACAGCUCCAAAACAAUGAUGGUGGAUGAGAGGCAGACAGUGAGACAAGUAUUAGACAAUCUGAUGGACAAAUCGCAUUGUGGUUACAGUUUAGACUGGUCAUUGGUGGAAACCAUCUCUGAAUUGCAAAUGGAAAGGAUCUUUGAAGAUCAUGAAAAUUUAGUUGAAAAUCUUCUGAACUGGACAAGAGAUAGUCAAAACAAACUAAUGUUCGUGGAACGUAUAGAGAAAUACGCACUUUUCAAGAAUCCCCAGAACUAUCUUCUGGGGAAGAAAGAAACCUCCGAGAUGGCAGACAGAAAUAAAGAGGUGCUGCUAGAGGAAUGUUUCUGUGGAAGUUCUGUAACUGUGCCAGAGAUUGAGGGAGUUUUGUGGCUGAAAGAGGAUGGUAAAAAGUCUUGGAAGAAACGUUACUUUCUGCUUCGAGCUUCGGGAAUCUACUAUGUCCCUAAAGGGAAGGCAAAGGUCUCACGGGAUCUCGUGUGCUUUCUACAGCUAGAUCAUGUCAAUGUUUACUAUGGACAGGACUAUCGGAACAAAUAUAAAGCACCCACAGACUAUUGUUUAGUGCUAAAGCAUCCUCAGAUCCAGAAGAAAUCCCAGUAUAUCAAGUAUCUUUGCUGUGAUGAUGUAAGAACUCUACACCAAUGGAUCAAUGGCAUCCGCAUUGCUAAGUAUGGGAAGCAGUUAUACAUGAACUAUCAGGAAGCACUGAAGAGAACAGAAUUGGCAUGUGACUGGACUUCCUUGUCUAGCUCCAGUAUCAAGUCAGGCUCCAGCUCAUCUAGUUUGCCAGAAUCUCAAUCAAAUCAUUCUAAUCAGUCUGACAGUGGAGUUUCUGACACCCAGCCAGCUGGACAUGUCCGUUCCCAAAGUAUUGUCAGCUCCAUGUUCUCCGAGGCCUGGAAACGAGGCACUCAACUGGAGGAAUCCAGCAAGCCACCACCGCCCCCAAAAAUCCAUCAGGUUCAGCCAAAUAUAAGCCAGGCCACUGCCACCUCUUCAUUGCCACCACCUCCUCCUCCUGUGCCUGCCCCACCACCACCCCAGGCACCGCCAAAGCCUGUCAUGGCAGCUCUUCCCCCACAGCCUAGUGGGAAGGCAGCAUCACCAGGGGUCACACAUGCCACCCCCCCUGUCCCAGCUCCCUUGCCCCUUGCAAUAAAGAAACAACCAAGUGUCACCUCUUCCCAGGUGCCUCCACUUCCCCCAGCUCCUCCUGGCCCCACUCCCCCCCCAACAUUCCCAAAGCAGCAGAGUUUCUCUGUGAAGCCUCCUCCAUCCCCUCAGUCCCCAGUGCCAUCAGUGGUGAAGCAGAUAGUUAGCCAGUUCCCACCUCCUCCCACCCCACCUGCCACUGAGCCCCAGCCACUGAAACCCCUUCCACUGAGCGUGGCUCCACAGUCACCUCCCGCAGUAAAGGCAAAGCCCAAAUGGCAGCCCGCUUCCGCUCCCUCACCAGAUUUUCCCCCUCCUCCACCAGAGAGCAGCUUAGUGUUUCCUCCUCCACCUCCUUCCCCAGCUUCCUCUGCAGGUUCUCCCCCCCCUGACAAAUCAGGGUCUCCAGUCAAAAAGACCAGCAAGACAUCAAGCCCUGGAGGGAAGAAACCACCUCCAACACCUCAGCGAAACUCCAGCAUCAAGUCCACCAGCUCCACUGAGUACCAUGAGUCCAAGAGACCUUCAGUGGACCGCCUUGUCAGCAAAUUUGCACACGCACCAGAGCCGUCAGGGUCUCCUUCCAAGGAGUCAUCACCUCCUCCAGCCCCUCCAAAGCCAGGAAAGCUCAACCUUUCUGGGGUGAGCCUGCCCAUUGUCCUUCCGCAAGGAGGGGUCCCGGCCAAGGCUCCUGCUCCAGGUGUGUCGGGGACGGAACCUGUAGUUGAAUUCCCUUCACCACCAUCCGAUUCAGACUUUCCACCACCACCACCUGAAAUAGAUCUUCCUCUCCCACCAGUUGAGAUCCCCUCUGUGUUUUCAGGCAGCACCUCCCCAAAAGUCGCUGUUGUCAAUCCCCAGCCUCAGGCAUGGUCAAAACCAUCUGUGAAAAAAGCCCCACCACCCACACGUCCCAAGCGGAAUGACAGCACUCGACUGACGCAGGCGGAGGUUGCAGAGCCACCAGGGUCAGCUGCCCCUCAAGUGCCCACUUCACCCAAGUCCAGCCUUAGCGUUCAGCCGGGAUUCCUGGCAGACCUCAACCGGACGCUGCAGCGGAAAUCCAUCACCCGGCAUGGCUCCCUCUCCUCUGCGCGGAUGUCCAGAACGGAGCCCACAGCCACCAUGGAUGACAUGGCCCUGCCUCCACCUCCACCAGAGCUGUUGGCUGACCAGCAGAAGACGAGCAGCUUCGGGGGCAGUCACAUAUCGGGCUAUGCAACGUUACGGAGGGGGCCUCCCCCCGCACCUCCCAAAAGGGAUCAGAACACCAAGCUGUCACGGGACUGGUAG